UCUUGUCAGCUGUCACGUACUUUACUUCAAUUAGCUUUCCCUCAUCCUCACCCUCACCCUCACCCUCCUCUCAACUCUCAACUUUAGCGAGUCCGAAACUGAAGCGAUAUCUUUCUAAAUUCAGAAAAGCCACGGAAAUAAAAAUCAAAUGCCAGCGAUGGAGGAGGAGGGAGAGUGGGUUCUGGUGCGGCGAGCCACAGAGAGAGAUUUGUGGAACCCGAGUGUUGGAGAUGGAGGAGAGAGUUCUAAGCCGUUGAAGGUUACGUUUAGUGGGCCAGCCAAGCAUUGGACCGAUGCGAUUCCGAUUGGUAAUGGAAGGCUUGGAGCCAUGGUGUGGGGUGGCGUUGCUUCAGAGACUCUUCAACUUAAUGAGGAUACACUCUGGACUGGUACUCCAGGUAACUAUACAAACCCCAAAGCUCCAGAGGCACUCUCCGAGGUCAGGAAACUUGUUGACAGUGGCAAGUAUCCUGAAGCCACUGCUGCAGCAGUCAAGUUGUCAGAUGGUCCUUCUGAUGUUUACCAACCUCUUGGUGAUAUCAAGAUAGAAUUUGAUAAUUCCCAUCUUAAAUAUGCGGAAGACACUUAUCGUAGAGAGUUAGACUUAGACAGUGCUACCGCUAGAAUAAGUUAUUCUGUGGGUGAUGUUGAGUUUACCAGGGAACAUUUUGCUUCUAGUCCUGAUCAAAUGAUUGUCACAAAGCUUUCUGGAAGCAAACCUGGUUCUUUGUCAUUUACCGUGUCUCUUGAUAGCAAAUUGCAUCAUCACUCACAAGCAAAUGGAAAAAAUCAGAUUCUUCUGCAGGGAAGCUGUCCUGGUAAAAGGAUCGCUCCACAUUUGACAGUGAAUGACAAUCCCAAAGGUGUUCAAUUUUCUGCAAUUCUUGAUGUACAGAUUAGUGACAGCAGAGGCAUGAUACAGGUGUUGGAUGACAAGAAGUUUAAGGUAGAAGGCUGUGAUUGGGUUGUGAUGCUUCUGGUGGCUUUCUCUUCAUUUGACGGUCCAUUCACUAAGCCUUCAGAUUCUAAGAAGGAUCCUACAUCAGAUUCUCUCAGAGCAUUGCAGUCAAUUAGAAAAUUUUCGUAUUCUGAUCUUUAUGCACGUCAUUUGGAUGACUAUCAGAAUCUUUUUCAUCGUGUCUCACUGCAGCUUUCAAAAAGUUCCAAGAGCUUACAUCGAGAUGGUUCUCUGGAAAGAAAAAGUCAUGCAUUAUCUACAUUUGACAUGCAUCUAGAGGGAAGUAAAAUUGAUAUAGCUUCAACAGCAGAGAGGGUGAAAUCUUUUAAGACUGAUGAAGAUCCUGGCUUGGUGGAGCUUUUAUUCCAAUAUGGUCGAUAUUUGCUUAUUUCUUGUUCACGGCCUGGAACUCAAGCUUCAAACCUGCAGGGUAUAUGGAGCAAGGACAUUGAGCCAGCAUGGGAUUGUGCCCCUCACUUGAACAUUAAUCUUCAGAUGAACUAUUGGCCUUCCCUUUCUUGCAACCUUCACGAGUGCCAGGAACCCUUGUUUGAUUACAUUUCCUCUUUUUCAGUGAAUGGGAGUAAAACAGCAAAAGUGAACUAUGAGUGUAGUGGUUGGGUAGUUCAUCAAGUUUCUGACAUAUGGGCGAAAACAUCACCAGAUCGAGGUGAGGCUGUUUGGGCUUUAUGGCCAAUGGGGGGAGCAUGGAUUUGCACCCAUCUGUGGGAGCAUUACAUGUACACAAUGGACAAAGAUUUUCUGAAAAAUAAGGCAUAUCCUUUGUUGGAAGGAUGUACACACUUUCUGUUGGACUGGUUGAUUGAUGGCCCUGGAGGAUUUCUGGAAACCAACCCAUCCACGUCUCCAGAACACAUGUUUAUUGCUCCUGAUGGUAAGCAAGCUAGUGUGAGCUACUCAUCAACAAUGGACAUGUCAAUCAUUAAAGAAGUUUUUUCUGCAAUUGUUUAUGCUGCAGAGAUUCUUGGAAAGAGCGAGGAUCCUCUCAUUAAAAAGGUUCGUGAUGCUCAACCAAGGCUUUUGCCUACAAAAAUUGCUAGAGAUGGUUCCAUUAUGGAAUGGGCACUGGAUUUUGAGGACCCAGAAGUGCAUCAUCGACAUGUAUCACACCUGUUUGGCCUGUAUCCAGGACACACAAUUACUGUUGAGAAAACUCCGGACCUCUGUAAAGCAGCUGAUUUUACUCUAUUUAAAAGAGGAGAGGAUGGUCCAGGAUGGUCAACCACAUGGAAAAUUGCUCUGUGGGCACGCCUUCGAAACAGUGAGCAUGCAUAUCACAUGGUGAAGCAUUUGUUUGAUUUGGUUGAUCCCGAACAUGAAAGUGCUUUUGAAGGAGGACUAUACAGUAACUUGUUCACAGCACAUCCCCCUUUCCAGAUAGAUGCCAACUUUGGUUUUUCAGCGGCAGUUGCUGAGAUGCUCGUGCAGAGUACCGUGAAGGAUCUGUACUUACUUCCUGCCCUUCCCCAUGACAAGUGGGCGAGCGGCUGUGUGAAAGGAUUGAAAGCGCGUGGCGGGGUGACAGUGAACAUCUGCUGGAAAGAAGGGGACCUGCAGGAAGUUGGUCUUUGGUCAAAGAAACAAAAUUCGUUCAGGUUACAUUAUAGAGGAACAACUGUGACGGCAAAAAUAUCAACUGGUAGAGUUUACACAUUCAACAAUAAGUUAAAAUGCGUGAGGACAUAUUCUCUCUGAGAAGAAAACUUGUGGUACAGUGUUACGAUCAACUGUAUCUUAUGAGGGUGUUGUUUUUGUAAUUGCCAAUAAAUCCGCAGGAAUAAAUGAGUUAUAUUUCCUUCAUCAUUUUGUUUU